UUACAAUUGAUUUCCAAAUCUUCAUAUUUUAUUUACAGAAUCAAUAUAGUUGAUGAUGAUAUCGAAUUAUCACAAAUAUCACAUGCAGCUGAAUGUGAACUAGAUAAUUAUACUUUCGGUGAAGAUUUACCACAAAUCGCAGGUAUUAUAGACGAAAGACCAGCAGAUCUUAUUGCAAAAGAAGACUACAAAACAAAUGGAAAAUGGAAAACAGUCGAAAGUGAUGAAAUGGUGAAUUCAUCGAAAAACCCAGAUAUUUCAAUCAAAAAAAAUUAUUCACGGCGCUUAAAAAACAUAAACAGUAGUCCGGAUGAAUCACCACCAAGAAACUCAAAGCGGAUUUUCAGUGAAGCACAAGCCAUGUCUAGUUUAUCAGCAUCACCAGGAUUGUCAAACUCAAAAGCAUUGCGAGUGGAAAAUGAACAGUUUCGAAAACGAGAAGAUGAUAUGUUUGGACAAAUGCAAAAGACUGAUAAACGAAAGGACAAUAAUGUAAUUUACGGCCGUAAAACGGGACGACAUCGCCGUUUGCAUGAAGAUGAUUGGAAAGAUCGAGAAAAAUUGCAGAAGGAGGAAGAGCGGAAAAAAAUAUAUGAUCGUUGGGGUAUGUGCAACACGAGAAUAGCUUAAAAAUUUACUCAACAA